AUGACGCGGGAGGAGUUCUUCAAGCGUGUGUUUGCUAAAGUCGGAAAUUUCAUUAUAAGGAGGGCACACUUAGAGGGGCAUGUUUGUAAACAGAAAGGAGAGUAUAUAAGUGAUGGUUCGAUAUAUUCAGGCCAUGGCGAAUCUUCAACUUCAAGGCCGUCUCCGAGGGUAUAUAAGCAAAGUCGACAAAAAAUUAAACACAGUAUACCUACCAAACUCGCUAAAUUGAUGAACGAUGAUUCUGAUAACAUUGGCAUUUCUCAGCCUCCUUUAUUAUGCCGACAUUCUCCCCCUAGGUCAAGCGUAGCUGAUUGUUUAAAGUCCAGAAGACACACGGAUAGAGAUUACGUCAAAAUUAGGUUAGAGAAAGAGAUACUAAAGGGAUCCCUGUUUUAUGAGUCCUCUGAUGAUGAGAGCUCGGUGUCAGGCGACUGUGAACGCGUAUUUUCAUCUAGUCAGCAGGUCGUGAGGUUUGUAGCUAAGGUGAACCCAGAAGAAUCAGAAUGCGCACAGCCAUCUACAAAUCUGUCUAGAAAGGAUAGCGCGUCCAAGCCUCGAACCGCGGCGCACGAAAUAAAUGGCAUGCAUGUUCACCACUGUGCCACAGCGCCAGGGAUCACUGUACCAAAAAAUGAAAUACAUAAGUUUAGCUGGAAUCCGAUGGAAUACGGAAAGUUUACGAAAGCAUUCCAAAUGAGUGCAGCUGAUCAACUCUGA